GUUCACCAGCAGCGAAUGAUUUCAAUAAAGAGAAGAGAAAGAGGUAAUCCAGUCACAAUGCAGAGAGUUAGCCCUCAAGUCCAUCCUAGCAGUAAUGAUGAAGACUACGAUGUGAGAGAGACCGAUCCGCAGCUCGGGGGGCGAUGGCCUAAUGGUGGAAGAGGGUGGAUCAGUGGUAGUGAAAGAUUCACAAGCACAUAUGACCUUGUUGAGCAGAUGUUCUAUUUGUAUGUUCGUGUAGUGAAGGCCAAAGAUCUUCCCUCCAGCACUCUUACCUCAAGCUGUGAUCCUUAUGUGGAAGUGAAGCUAGGGAACUACAAAGGAAGAACAAAGCACAUAGAGAAGAAAACCAACCCAGAGUGGAACCAAGUCUAUGCUUUCUCCAAAGACAGAAUUCAAUCUUCUGUUUUGGAAGUUAUUGUAAAAGACAAAGAAAUGAUGGGAAGAGAUGAUUAUAUUGGAAGAGUGAUUUUUGACCUCAAUGAGGUUCCAACAAGAGUUCCACCAGACAGUCCACUGGCUCCUCAAUGGUAUAGGCUCGAGGACCGGCGAGGCCAAGGGAGGGUAAGGGGUGAUAUCAUGCUUGCAGUGUGGAUGGGAACUCAAGCUGAUGAAGCUUUCUCAGAGGCUUGGCAUUCUGAUGCUGCCACUGCGUAUGGAGAGGGUGUUUUCAAUGUGAGAUCAAAGGUUUAUGUGUCACCAAAACUGUGGUAUCUCAGGGUAAGCGUCAUUGAAGCACAAGAUGUGAUACCAAGAGAUAGAAAUCGCUUGCCAGCGGUUUUUGUCAAAGCUCAAAUGGGGAGCCAAGUGUUGAGGACUAAGAUAUGUCCAAGUGGAACAACUACACCACUUUGGAAUGAAGAUUUAGUCUUUGUGGCAGCUGAACCAUUUGAGGAGCAAUUGAUAAUCACCGUUGAGGAUCGCGUGCACCCUUCUAAAGAUGAGGUGCUUGGGAAGACAAUCUUACCAUUAAGCCUCUUUGAGAAGAGGCUAGACCACAGGCCAGUUCAUUCUCGCUGGUAUAAUCUUGAGAAAUUUGGCUUUGGAAUGCUAGAAGCUGAUAGGAGGAAUGAGCAUAAAUUUUCAAGCAGGAUUCACCUGAGGAUUUGCCUUGAGGGUGGAUACCAUGUCCUAGAUGAGUCCACUUUGUACACAAGUGACCAAAGACCAACAACUAGACAACUUUGGAAGCAGCCUAUUGGGGUACUUGAAGUAGGCAUCUUAGGAGCACAUGGACUUCUCCCAAUGAAGAUGAAGGAUGGCCGUGGCAGCACAGAUGCAUAUUGUGUUGCCAAGUAUGGCCAAAAAUGGGUCAGAACCAGAACAAUUCUUGACACUUUUAGUCCCAAAUGGAAUGAGCAAUAUACAUGGGAGGUUUACGAUCCUUGCACUGUAAUAACACUUGGAGUUUUUGACAACUGCCAUUUAGGUGGAGGGGAAAAAGCAAAUGGUGACCCUGCAACCAGGGAUUCAAGAAUUGGAAAGGUAAGGAUUAGGCUCUCUACACUUGAAGCACAUAGGAUUUACACUCAUUCCUACCCUCUUCUUGUUUUGCACCCACAUGGUGUUAAGAAAAUGGGUGAGCUUCAGCUAGCAGUGAGGUUCACAACCCUCUCAUUGGCCAAUAUAAUUUACAUUUAUAGCCAGCCCUUGCUACCCAAGAUGCAUUACAUACGUCCUUUCAUUGUUAACCACGUAGAAAACUUGAGGUACCAAGCCAUGAACAUUGUAGCUAUGAGGCUUGGCAGGGCUGAACCUCCCCUCAGGAAGGAAGUAGUGGAGUACAUGUUGGAUGUUGAUUCCCAUAUGUGGAGCAUGAGAAGAAGCAAAGCCAACUUUUUUCGCAUCAUGUCUCUUUUCUCAGGCAUCAUCACAAUGUGGCAAUGGUUUGGCCUAGUUUGCCACUGGAAGAACCCAAUCACAUCAGUCCUAGUUCACAUUCUGUUCCUGAUACUGAUUUGGUACCCAGAAUUGAUACUUCCAACUUUGUUUCUCUACAUGUUCUUGAUUGGCCUGUGGAACUACAGGUUCCGGCAGCGAAACCCGGCUCACAUGGACACAAAACUCUCAUGGGCAGAAGCAGUUCACCCUGAUGAACUUGAUGAAGAGUUUGACACAUUCCCAACUUCAAGACCACAUGAUGUGGUGAGAAUGAGGUAUGACAGGCUUAGGAGUGUUGCAGGUAGGAUUCAAACAGUUGUUGGGGACAUUGCUACACAAGGAGAGAGACUUGAGUCUCUAUUGAGUUGGAGAGACACAAGAGCAACAAGCCUCUUUGUAGUGUUCAGCUUUUGUUCUGCGGUGGUUCUCUAUGCAACACCACCAAGAGUUGUGGCACUUGUAAUGGGUUUGUAUUAUCUAAGGCAUCCAAAAUUUCGUAGCAAGAUGCCUUCUGUACCAAGCAACUUCUUCAAAAGGCUACCAGCUAGGACAGAUAGCAUGUUGUGA